AUGAGGAGGCACUGCCUUUCUGUGGAUAAUGGUAAUGACCUGUUUGAUUUCUCUGGUUGUGUUCAUCCAGUGUGCCGGUACGCCUGCCACAGAAAGUGCUGCCAGAAGACGACCAACAAAUGCAGCAAGAAGUUUGAUCCAGAGCUUUCCUCCAAACAGUUCAGAGUGGAGGUGUCUCGUCUGACUAAUGACGAGAGAACGGUGCCCCUGGUAGUGGAGAAGCUUAUCAACUACAUCGAGAUGCAUGGCCUCUACACUGAAGGAAUAUACAGAAAAUCUGGCUCCACCAACAAAAUCAGGGAACUCAAGCAGGGACUCGACACAGAUGUAGACAGCAUGAAUCUGGACGAGUACAACAUCCACGUCAUCGCUAGUGUUUUCAAGCAGUGGCUGAGAGAUCUGCCUAAUCCUCUGAUGACAUUUGAGCUGUAUGAUGAGUUCAUACGGAUCAUGGUUUUGCAAGAUAAAAAGGAAUUGAUCCGAGGAGUGUAUUCAGUUAUUGACCAGCUAAGCAGAACUCAUCUAAACACUCUGGAACGCCUCAUAUUUCAUCUCGUCAGGGUCUCUUUACAAGAGGACACAAAUCGGAUGUCUGCUAACGCCUUGGCUAUAGUUUUUGCUCCCUGCAUCCUGCGCUGUCCUGACACCAUCGAUCCCAUGCAGAGUGUCCAGGACAUCGGCAAGACGACAGCGUGUGUCGAACUUAUCAUUUGUGAACAGAUGAAUAAGUACAGAGUUCGACUAAAGGACAUCAACAGCCUGGAGUUUGCAGAGAAUAAGGCCAAGUGCAGACUGACCCACAUUCGCCGAUCGAUGAAACCCGUACUAAUAGCUGUUAGAUUUAUGAGCAUAAUGCGCACUAUGACAAUUGCAGCUAAAACGGGAAAAAGCCAUGUACAGCGAAUAAGCUACCACACACCCUCGCCUCCAGUUAGUCCGCGGCUGCCAUCUGUGGUGGAGCCUGUGAUAGAGGAGAGUGGCUGUGAAGAGGGAGAGGACUCUUUAACCGAAAUCUCCGAGCAUCAGCAGUCAGCCAUGCAGCAGGAAGAGAGAGUAUUGACAGAGCAAAUCGAAAACCUGCAGAAAGAGAAAGUGGAGUUGACUUUUGAGAUGCUGUCUCUGGAGCCACGAGCCUCAGAUGAUGAGACCCUGGAGUCGGAGGCUUCUAUUGGUACAGCCGACAGCUCGGAAAACCUCAAUGUGGACUCUGAGGGAACCUUCUCGGAUUUCUCUGAGAAAGGUCCAGUGUUGACUUCCCCCUGGCCUCGGAGGUCUGACAUGACGAGCCCCCGCCGGCGUGCUCUCCGCAGGCAGCCAGAGUCCCUGGACUCUGUUGACUCCAGUGUUUCCUCCUACUCUUCCUCAUCACAUUACCAACCUUCGUCCUCGUCCUCUUCUGCCACCAGCCGGCGCUUUCGUUUCCACUCCAAGUCUCCCUCUGCAGGCUCAGGUCCGGAACAGGCUCAGGCUCAGAAUACAUCUCAAGCCUCUCGAUCCGACUGCUUAGACAUCAACUCUACAGGAGAUCAGGAAGGACAUAGCGAAAGGCCCCAGUUUACCAGCCGAGGCACAUUCAACCCAGAGAGGGGCAAACAGAAACUUAGAGGGGCCAAGCCUUCUUCCCUGAGGCACUCCAGAGGAGGCAGUGGCCAUAGCAGGGACCCUCCAGACAUACCACAGCAGCUUGUGUUGUAUGGCAAUAAUGAAUUCAUGGUAUGAAGGUCACUGCGACACCAAAGCACUCCCUUUCCAACUCCCUGGCAAGCGUUUACAUUCUCAGUGGGAGGUAACGUAAUGGCAACUGAUUUCCAAUCUUCAAAGCACUCUUGCUUCGCUUUUCCUGAAGUCCGCGAUGAAGUGUCCUCAAGCGCCGUGUACAGUGUUUCCAUGUUUGAACUGCCACCCAUGCUCUCACAGUGCCUUGGCAGCUCUUUACUCGGCGCCAAGAGGAGAUGCACUGAGAAGAAGGACAGAGAAAAGGGAACGUUGAAUAUGCAGGAGACCACUCAGCAUUAGGGAAUGUUACGGAGCCUGGAAAACGGAAGAUAAAUGAGAAGAAAUCCGGCAACAUCAGGCGUCACAGAUGUUACAGUGAACUUAAAGCUCACAAUAAUUAGCUGCUUUAUGAGUUUACAGUUCAUAACAAUCAGUGUAAGCAGCAGUUACUCUGUUACUACAAAUUCAUUUUUUCCUUAUUUAAUACAUUUUAAUGUCACAGACAUUCUUUAUAGCAUAUAAUAUACAGGUAAAAAUACUGUACAAAGCCGGGACACCAGCCUCUGCUGGGUAGUUGAAGUUAAAUAUUUAUCUUUUUAUUUUAAAAAUUGUUUUGAGUGUCUUGGAAAGAGAUGUACGGAUUUGGGCAAAGGAUGAUUUGUGUCUGUGUGUUCGCGUGUGUGUGUGCGGCAGAGCGAGAAAGCAUGAUUGUAUGUAUGUGUGUGAAAGAGAAAAAACACUUCAUGUGUUUUGAGUUUGUGCUGCUUUUUUCCCCCUUACAAGGGAAAUAACGCCAUCAAAGGGACCAAUCAGCUGGUGCGUAUUCCAGCCAAAGGGGAUCCCAGCUCUGUAAAGAAUGUCGGAUGUGUAUAAAAUCCCUGCAUUCACUGCUUAACAGCCAUACAACAAUUGUAAUUGUACAGUACAGUUCAUAUGUACAGUAUAGUGGACAAAUGCCAUUCUAUUCUUGAAACCUAUUGUUUCCCAUCCACUCCCAAACCCAUCCCCUGUCUCUAAAGUGUUUGCUCAAUAGCAACCAAGAAAAUACAUAAAAUCAGUAUGUCUCUUGUCUUUAUUAUUGAGAAUGUUUUCUAUUCUGCCUAUUUGCACUUUGCAGAAGACAUAUUUUUAAAAACACAGCAGACGUUAUGUAGGUGAAGCUACAUUCCAUGAUGAGGUCAAUGGAAUGUAGCCACAAUUAUUGAUACCUGUGCUUUUCCUAUUUUGACAUAUUAAAACAUCUUCCGUAACAAGAGACACCAAAAUACCUAAAAGGGGUCAUGUAAUAUUCAUUUUCAGGUUC